CCCUGCCCGCCCCGGCCGCGGGCCGCCGCCGAGCCGCUCUAGGAUGCGGCUGGUGAGCGCCGGCACAGGGCGGAGAGGCGGCCAGCCUGCCCGCCGCCACGGCCCGCACCCCGCCGCAGCUCGGCCGCACCUGCAGGGGAAGUGCUCCGGACGCCGUCCUUCCCCGGGAGGCGCCAGGCUCUUGAACCAGAUCUACAAUGGAAAAACUGCUUUUGUUUGUGCUGUUCAUUGGCAUGGCGGUGAGAGCUCAGAUCUGCCCCAAGCGCUGUGUCUGUCAGAUUUUGUCUCCGAACCUUGCCACCCUUUGUGCCAAGAAAGGGCUCUUAUUCGUUCCUCCCAACAUUGACAGGAGGACCGUGGAGUUACGCCUGGCAGACAACUUUGUCACAAACAUUAAAAGGAAAGACUUUGCCAACAUGACCAGCCUGGUGGACCUGACGCUGUCCAGGAAUACAAUCAGUUUUAUUACCCCCCACGCCUUCGCCGACCUGCGCAAUUUGCGGGCUUUGCAUUUGAACAGCAACCGAUUGACUAAGAUCACUAACGAUAUGCUCAGUGGGCUCUCCAACCUUCACCACUUGAUACUUAACAACAACCAGCUGACUUUGAUUUCUUCCACAGCUUUCGAUGAUGUUUUAGCUCUUGAGGAAUUGGAUUUGUCUUACAACAACCUGGAAACCAUCCCCUGGGAUGCGGUGGAGAAGAUGGUUAGUUUGCACACACUGAGCCUGGACCACAACAUGAUUGACCAUAUUCCCAAGGGGACCUUCUCCCACCUCCACAAGAUGACCAGGUUGGAUGUCACGUCUAACAAACUGCAGAAGCUACCACCUGAUCCUCUUUUCCAGCGAGCUCAGGUACUGGCAACCUCAGGAAUUAUCAGCCCUUCAACCUUUGCAUUGAGCUUUGGUGGGAACCCUUUGCAUUGCAACUGUGAGCUCUUGUGGCUGAGGCGUCUUUCGAGGGAGGACGACCUGGAGACCUGUGCUUCUCCCACGCUGCUGUCUGGCCGGUAUUUCUGGUCGAUCCCUGAAGAGGAGUUCCUGUGUGAACCUCCUCUCAUCACCCGGCACACGCACGAGUUGCGGGUGCUGGAAGGCCAGCGGGCAGCAUUGCGGUGCAAGGCCCGUGGGGACCCCGAGCCAGCCAUCCAUUGGAUAUCACCUGAGGGCAAACUGAUCUCCAACGCCACCAGGUCGGUGGUGUACGACAACGGGACACUCGACAUCCUUAUAACGACGGUGAAGGACACGGGCUCCUUCACCUGCAUUGCUUCCAACCCGGCCGGGGAGGCCACGCAGACAGUGGACCUGCACAUCAUCAAGCUCCCCCACUUGCUGAACAGCACCAACCACAUCCACGAGCCCGAUCCUGGCUCCUCGGAUAUCUCCACUUCCACCAAGUCGGGCUCCAAUGCGAGCAGUAGCAAUGGGGAUACUAAAGUGAGCCAAGAUAAGAAGGUGGUGGUUGCGGAAGCAACAUCCUCGACCGCUCUGCUGAAGUUCAACUUUCAGAGGAACAUCCCUGGGAUACGGAUGUUCCAGAUCCAGUACAAUGGUACUUACGAUGACUCCCUUGUUUACAGAAUGAUACCUCCCACGAGCAAAACCUUCCUGGUCAACAACCUGGCCGCUGGGACUCUGUACGACCUGUGCGUUCUGGCCAUCUAUGACGACGGCAUCACCUCGCUGACGGCCACCAGAGUGGUGGGCUGCACACAGUUCACCACUGAGCAGGACUAUGUGCGCUGCCACUUCAUGCAGUCCCAGUUCCUGGGUGGGACCAUGAUCAUCAUCAUUGGUGGGAUCAUUGUGGCCUCGGUGCUUGUGUUCAUCAUCAUCCUCAUGAUCCGCUACAAGGUGUGUAACAACAACGGGCAGCAGAAGGCCACCAAGGUCAGCAACGUGUACUCGCAGACCAACGGGGCGCAGAUCCAGGGCUGCAGCGGGGCGCUGCCGCAGUCGGUGUCCAAGCAGGCUGUGGGGCACGAAGAAGGCAUCCAGUGCUGCAAGGCCAGCAGCGACGGCGUGGCGCAGUCGCCGGAGAGCGGCUCCGGACAGGACUCGGCCACCACUACCUCCGCCCUGCCUCCCGCGUGGACUGCCAGUGCGGCAGGGCCCCCGAAGCAGAAGCGCAAGCCGGGGCCCAAGGCCGGCAGUGAGGCGCCGGGCGAGGCCAUGGGCAGCACUGAGGCCCAGAACAGUAACAGGAACAACUCCACUGCCCUGCAGCUGGCAGGCCGUACCCCCGCGCCUGCUGCCGCCCCCUACAAAAGAGCACAAUCCAAGCCAAGUAAGUUCCUCACGCUGCCGGCCGACGCCACCCGUGCCAAGCGCCGGCUCUCGUUGGGCGGGCAGCUGAUGGAGCCCGGUUGCCCCGGCAGUGCCCGCGCCGCAGGCGGGCUGCGCUCCAAACGCAGCCUGUCCAUGAACGGGAUGCUGGUCCAGGCAGAUGGCUCCGGUGUGGAGAGUGGAAAAGCAACUUUCUGCAGUUCUGAGUGGAUAUUGGAAAGCACUGUGUGACCUGCUUUUUUUUUUUUUCCUUUUUUUUUUUCUUUCCCCCUUUUUUUCUUUUGAUUUAGUUUUCUUUUUUUUGACAAAAAAAACCAACAAAUCCCAAAACCUGAGUCGCCAAACGUGUGUGUGUCAAACUCCCUCUGCCCACGGAAGGGGGUCUGGAGGUCUACCGCUGUCCUGCCGAUGGAUGGCUUGUUCGUGUGGAGUUCUGUGUAAGCCACCCAGAGCGCACAGGGUUCAUUUGGUUCCCCUUUGUGAUUUCGUUUGAUUGGCGAAACCGAAGGCAGCACUCAAGAGAUUCAAAACAAAAAGAAAACAAAACACACAAGGAAAAAAGAGAAAGAUUAAGGGGUUAAAAAGGGAAAAUUAAAAAAAAAAAAAGCAUGAAACAGCACCAGUGCCUUCCCUACUCUAGGACUGGCUUCCUGGUUCUGCAGUGGCAGAAAACAAGAGAGAGAGUUUUCACAGAAAAAAAGCCUUUUAUAAAGGAAAUGAAAUUUCCUCCGAGCUAACAAAUAACCACUUCUGGAUCAAUCAGUAAAAUGCUAUUUUUUAAAACGCCCAGACUGUACAUUUCUUUUCCAGACAAUGGUUGUUGCCUUCCUUCCUAGGCAGACGCUGUACAGAACGACAGCCUGUGGCGUUGCCUGGUAUGCAGCAAGCCCUUCCCUCAUUGACAGCCAGGAGGGUGUCAGGGCGAGGAGUCCCUCUGCUCCCGCUGGGGUCUGGCUCUUGCUGGGUGCUGGUCUACCCAAGAGGGCCCUGGGCACCUUCAUUCUGUGGUGCUGGGUCUGGUGGUGGCCACCUGCUCACAGUGCCCGCUCCAGGAGCCUGGGAUGCCACAGCAAUGGCUGUGCCUGGUGCCAGCACUGGAGAAACACAACGUGUUCAGCAGGAGCCUGCCCUGUGCUCCCUUCUCAGAGCUGGAGCCUGCCUCACAGUCAGUGCCACAGGGAUCCUUUCUCAGAGCCAGUGCCACAGGGACUGUCUCGUGGCCCCAUCCCAUCAGCACAGAGGUGGAAAAGUGAGCAAGGGGAGCCAGUGGGAAAGGUGUGAGCAGCCCUGCAGCCCAGCUAUAAUGGUGGGCAUCUCUGUAGGCUUCGGGACCUCCUGCAGGGCAGGGAGCUGUGGCUUGGUCAGCAUGGCUCCAGGCAGAGGUGGAUGCUUUGGAGUACAUGGUUGGCAUAUCGACCCCAGUGCUGCAGAGCAGGCAGUGCUGCACAUGAGGGUACAAAGCCAUUCAGGAACUGACAGUGAUGGCUGAUGGAGGUGAUGAUGGCCGCCUUCUUUCUUAGACUUUUGGGGCACGUUUCCUAUGAACUCUAGGGCUUGUUCCAGUUCUCUUUAACCCCCAUGCACAGUGAAGGGCCUGGGAGGUGGUCUUGUUUGUAACCUGUUGUUGGGCUGUGGUGCCUGUGGGACAAAGCAAAUGCAGGUCACUACACAGGGAUGUAACAUGUGGCACUAGGUGAUAGCAAUGGGAAAUCCUGCGUUGGGAGAGUGGCCGCACGUGCUCCUGCUGCUCUGUUCCUUCUAAAGAGAAGGCAACAGUUAAUAUCAAUUAAAGUCAGAUGGCCAUCAUGUUUAAAUUAGAGACAGCUUAGCUCUGCACUUACUGCAUUCUCAGGUGCAAAAUAGCAGGCUUGAUGUGGGCUUUGUGGCCAUUCAAGUGAUAGAGGAGUUGUAUUUUACACCCUCUGCUUCUUCUUGAGGGCAGCAUAACCAAAGUGGAUGUCUGAAGACAGUCUGGCUGCAACCAGGCCAGCCCAAGAGCAGUCGUGGCAGGGAAUGUCUGGUGCAGGGAGCAUCUUAUGGUAGGGCCCAUCUGGUGGCAGGCAACAUCUGGCAGGGACCAUCUCAUGACUUGGAAUGUCCUGUAGCAGGGAUUGGCUUGAGAUGGGGCAUGUCUGAUGGCAAGGACCUUCUGCUGGUAGGGAUUGUCUCGUGGCAGGGACCAUCUCCCUCAGCCUCAUGAGUCUCUGCCCCUUAGUCCUUGCACACCUUGGGGCUGACACAUGCUGGCUGAUCUCCAUUGGUCUCAGCUAUCCUGAAUGGUUCUCAGUGGUUUGUCUGCCUGUCAAUGGAAAAUCAGUGUCUGGUGGGGAUGGCGUAAAGGAUGUUAAGUAAGAAGAGGUUGUUUCUGAUUUAGAAAGCCCUUUUCCUUCCCUUGGGAAAUGUGGAGACCAAAAAAGGAAAUGAGAACCUCAAAAUUAGAAGGCCUGCUUCCUCCUGGGAAAGUCAGAAAUGAAAUAAAGAAACCAGUCUCUCUUUA